GUUUGAUUUCACAUCUAUUUCCGCGUUGUUAGCAUAUUAGCAUUAAGCUAACUGCUUUCUGGAAAUUAGUUAACUUGUGUAAUUUAUUCCGACUCUGACCGUCGUUUUCCACGCACGCCGUUGUUCGACAUAAGGAGAUACACAUUCAAGGUCUCUGGGCAGAGAGUGGUGUCAGGUCUGGUUCAGGGUUGUUGAACAGUUAAUGCACAGAGUAAAGAGGCUGAAAAUUGAAGACAAAACAGAAGACCACCAGGAAAGCGUGAGAGAGGCACUGGCAGGAAUGACCGGCGUGGAUGAGCUUUCAGACAGCACAGAAGUGGUCGAGAUGGAGGACGUGAAUCCUACUCAGUUUCAGGUGGAGAAGCACACAUGGGAUGGCCUGCGGAAGAUCAUCCACAACAGCCGCAAAAGCACCGGUGUGGUUAUCAACAAGGCGCCGCACGACUUCCAGUUCGUCCCGAAAGACGAGGCCAGUCCACACUCUCAUCGCAUCUACUACCUUGGAAUGCCUUACGCCAGCAGGGAGAACGCGUUACUCUACUCAGACAUUCCCAGGAAGAUACGCAAAGACGCCCUGCUGGUUUUGUCAUGGAAACCGAUGCUUGAUCACUUUCAGGCCAGCCCUCACCACGGGGGCUUCUCUCGGGAGGAGGAGCUGCUGCGAGAGAGAAAGCGUUUGGGGGUGUCUGGCAUCACCUCAUAUGAUCACCACCGACCCAGCGGCCUCUUCCUGUUCCAGGCCAACAGCAGUCUGUACUACUGCCGUGACGGUGGAAACAACGGCUUCAUUACUUCUCCAGUGAAUCCAAUAGAGAUUAAGAGCCAGAAUUCAGGCACACGCAUGGACCCCAAGAUCUGCCCCGGCGACCCCAACUUCAUUGGCUUCAUCAAUAACAAUGACAUUUGGGUGACAAGUAUUGAGACCGGAGAAGAGAGGAGGCUCACCUUCUGCCAUAAAGGUAUUGAUAACCCAAAAGAGGAUACCAGAUCUGCUGGUGUAGCUACCUUUGUCACCCAGGAAGAAUUUGAUCGCUUCACUGGAUACUGGUGGUGUCCAGCUGCUCGUGAAGAGCCAGACGGUGGUAAGACUCUGCAGAUUCUGUACGAGGAGGUGGAUGAGUCCGAGGUGGAGAUCAUCCACGUCCCAUCUCCAGCUCUGGAGGAACGAAAGACAGAUGUCUACAGAUAUCCACGCGCAGGCAGCAAGAAUCCUGAUAUCACUCUCAAAAUAGCAGAAAUCAGAACAGACAAUCUUGGCAAAAUUGUCAGCACACAAGAAAAGGAGCUGCCUGUGCCAUUUACCAGCCUGUUUCCCACCGCUGAGUACAUCACCAGAGCCGGAUGGACAAAAGAUGGUCGAUAUGCAUGGGUGGUCAUGAUGGACCGGCGGCAGCAGAAUCUGCAGUUAGUCCUGCUGCCUCCUGCACUCUUCAUUCCUGCACAUCAAGACGAAGCCAGCAGACAGGAGAGCCUGGAGGCCCUCGGAGACACAGUCCAGCCCUUCAUCAUCUAUCAAGAGACCAGCGAUAUCUGGAUCAAUGUCCACGACAUCUUCCAUCCUUUCAUCCAGACCAGUGAUGAUGAGAUCACCUUCAUCACAGUGAAUGAGUCCAAAACAGGCUUCUGCCACCUGUAUAAGAUCACCUCGGUGUUACAGAGGGGCAGCUAUCACUGGGCCAAAGGCUUCACACACUCUGAAGAUGAUUUCAAGUGUCCGGUCAAAGAGGAGGUGACGGUGACCAGUGGGGAGUGGGAGGUGCUGGCCAAUCAUGGUGCAAAGCGUUCAUCUAGUCCUCAGAUUUGGGUGGAUGAAGCAGCAAAACUGGUUUACUUCCAGGGAACCAAAGACUCUCCUCUGGAGCACCACCUUUACGUCGUGAGCUACGACUCACCAGGUGAAAUCGUCAGACUCACCAAACCUGGCUUCUCCCACAGCUGCUCUGUGAGCCAGACGUUUGAUCUGUUCGUUAGCCAUUACAGCAGCUUGACCUGCCCACCUUGUGUUCACAUCUACAAGCUGAGCGACUCAGACGGCGACCCGCUGCACAAGGAGCCUCAGUUCUGGGCGAGCAUGAUGGAAGCUUCUGGUUUCCCUUUUGACUCCACACCUCCAGAGAUCUUUAGCUUCACAGGGAAGUCAGGCUUUGAGCUGUAUGGCAUGUUGUACAAACCACACAACCUGGUCCCGGGCAGGAAGCAUCCCACUGUCGUCUUUGUUUAUGGCGGUCCUCAGGUGCAGUUAGUGAAUAACUCCUACAAAGGAGUGAAGUACCUGCGGUUGAGCACACUGGCGUGUCUGGGCUACGCUGUGCUGGUUAUUGAUGGUCGGGGCUCGUGUCAGCGAGGACUCAAGUUUGAAGGAGCUGUGAAGGACAAAAUGGGUGAGGUGGAGAUUGACGACCAGGUGGAGGGUUUGCACUAUGUAGCUGACAAAUACAAGUUUGUGGACCUGAGUCGUGUUGCCAUCCACGGCUGGUCGUACGGAGGCUUCCUCUCCCUCAUGGGCCUCAUACACAAGCCAGACAUCUUUAAGGUCGCCAUUGCAGGAGCUCCGGUGACGCUGUGGAUGGCCUAUGACACCGGUUACACAGAGCGAUAUUUGGACACACCUGAGAAGAACCAUAAGGGAUACGAAGCCUGUUCUGUCGCCCUGCAUGUCGACAAACUGCCCAAUGAGCCCAACAGACUGCUGAUCCUGCAUGGAUUUCUAGAUGAGAAUGUGCACUUUUUCCACACCAACUUCCUGGUGUCUCAACUCAUCCGAGCAGGGAAGCCGUACAGCCUGCAGGUUUAUCCCAACGAGCGCCACAGCAUCAGGUGUCCUGAGUCUGGAGAGCAUUAUGAGAUCACGCUGUUGCACUUCCUCCAGCAGAACCUCUGAUAAGCCUUUUUACACACUGACCUUCCCUCCUCGCUUCCUACCCUCCUCUCCUGUUUUACAUUCCUCCAUUCAUCCAAAGCUGCAUCACCUCUUGCUUCAUUCCAUUUCAAAAUCUGUUGAAUGCAAAUGAUGCCAAACCUCACCUCAAGAGCUGUUUGUCAGUCUUAACGGUGCUGCAGCAUUUGAGCAUUAAUAGUUCAUUACAAGACUGAACUGUGAGUAUAGCUAGCAUGAACAGCACCAUCACCGAGCAGACCUCAUGUAGCAUUUUAAGCUGCGUUUGACAGUCAAGGGAAAAUUGAUGAACUGCUUGAAGCCCUACAACCAUCGGGGGGCGCUGUUCACCCAGAACACACAGGCCCGGAGCUUUCUGAGUUUGUAGUGAUGCUAGAAAGUAAAAGAAGUAAAUAAAUGUCAGAGUGACAGAAAUGAUUAUUGAAGUUUAAAAUGCUGCUUGUUGCACCAUUAACAGACCAGAGUCAUCAGCAAUGCAAAAAGUACAGACAUGGGCCUGCUGGCCCAGUUUUUAAGAGCAGUUUCUCUCUUUUCUUUCUGGUGCCAUUCCUUCUUUCUCUCUGUGAGUAAACACUGGUGUGAAAUUAGUCAAUGGAAAGCUCGAUAAGAGCAAACAAGCAACGCUUAUCUCCCUUCGUCAUGUACUUUGUGGUCUUUGUUUGCAUUGAGAUUUGUCUCCUAUGUGCUGUCAUAGAAUACUUUUUAUGUGGUUUGCCAAACGUUGGCAGAUAUAGAAGAAAAAAAAAAAACAUGCUGAGUUUUUAUUGCGUAUUAUUAAGAAAUGACUUUUAUAGAUUCUUAUGCAUUCAUAAAUGGUGGAAAUAUGUAGCGACCCGUCGCUGUUUCACUCAGUCGCUUGCUUUAACUUUGUGGGAAACUUCUUUUUCUUCUGCUGCUGAGGACUUUUGCACAGUACAUGUUUGCCUUGGUGCCAACAAACUGACCUAUACGAUGUUUGACAAACUGUUGGCAGUCUGAGGUGCCUUGCAAGAGUUUAAGAGCACCUGCUCACAUAGUAUAUAAAUAUAUAUUUCAGGGAAUCUGUCGGAGGACCUACGACAAUAAAAACAAUAAAAUGCCUCAUUACUGAAGUGUCUGAACAUCUGUAAGAUGAGCUGUGAUGAUCUGUACAUGCUUCAAUGUACUCUCAGAUAUUAAAGAAAUAAACAGAAGUGAACAAUCUUUUUCAAA